GUCCGAGAUCGAGGUCAACAAAUGCGAUGCUGUUGUUCAAUGUAUCAUAUAGUUCAUUUGAUGUAAUCGAUUACGGGAUUCAUUCCGUUUGAACAUCGCUGAUCGGCUUCGUUUGAACAUCACACUGAAAUCGAAUACGUUUGACAAUGAUAAUCAUGUUGACGAUAAGCCUAAACGACAAACCAAAAAAGUAACAGAAUCCUAAGUACUGCAAAGAAGGAAGAAAAUAGCUUAAUAGAGAGAAACAGUUACUAUCCAUAGCAAAUGUUUAUUACACAAAAACUUUCUGUGUUCUAAUAUUGAUUGUGUGUAAAGCUGGACUUGUACGAAUUGAGCGAAGAAGCGAUGAAACAAUGACGUCGUAGACACGUUGAGUGUGCGACGUCACACUCGGAACACAAAAACAUGUGACGUCAUCGGCAGCAGACGACAAAAAAAAAUGAGACGCUACAGUACGUGGUGUCUGCUGUUGUUUCUUCUGUGUUGUUGUCUGCUCUUGACCUCGAUACUAUCGCCCCGGGACAGCUAUCAGAAGAUUCAAGUCACAGAGUCCCCAAGGCGUGAUAAGAGUGUCCACUACUUCAUACCUGGACGUUACGAUGACAUCUACAUGUACUCGGCCAUAGCCGAUGACCCCAAGACCCUGCACGCGGGCAGUGCGGUGGACGUAGUGGUGACAGCGCUGGACAAGACAAGGGUCAGCCUCACCUGCUGCAUGCUUCUAGACGGGGAUAAUGGCACCGUCUUUGUCACUCCAGCUAGUGUUUAUUUCCAUAACUAUAUAACCCUGCGGUCUUUCACACAUAUUGCCAGCGAGUACUUUCAUCCGUCCACGUACCUGGCCAGACAGUACCGCUGUACGUCACAGUCACGCCCCAGAUACGUCACUCUUACGUCAUCGGCAUGUCCCGACAGCAUCAACGACUACCUCCCGGUCACCUAUCCUAAAGUUUCUCCACGUGGACUAGCUCUAUGCGCCAAAGUAGCCCGCAGCCCUGACCUGAAUGUCCAGAAACUAGCCGAGUGGUUUGAAGUGCAGAGACAUCUAGGCGUGGACAAGAUUGUCGUCUAUAACUUAGGAGUAGAUAAUGCAAUCAGCGCUAUUUUUAGAUAUUAUAAAAACUUGGGGCUUUUGGAGAUGUUGGCCUACGAACUCCCAGGCGAGCCCAGAUCUAGGAAUCUAAAUGAGGUUUUUAAAAGGACGCGUCAAUUUGUGCAAGACGAGUCAGUUCCGGUCCUUGACUGCAAGCUGAGGAUGUCGGGAUAUGAUUUUGUUCUUAGUCAUGACCUAGAUGAAAUGGUUAUACCACGAGAAAAUAUCCCCUUGAAACGGCUGUUAAAGGAAAGUCUUGCCACGUCUCCUAACGCUGCCGGCUUUUACUUGUACACCUCGUUCUUUCUAUUGGACUGGACGGCGACGAAUCCAAAGCAGAAACUUAUAGUCAAAGCUUACAGGACGUCCACUGUACCAAGAUGGGAGGCUAUUAAAUUUGUCUUCAUCCCAGAAAGAACCAGAACAAUACUCACACACGAGAUAUUCCCUCGCCCCAAGUACGACACGGCGAUCUUAUCACCAGACGACGUUAUCCUUCAUCACUACCGGAAGUGUCCCCGAGACACCUGGGGCACGUGCACAGCGGCCACAGUGGUUGAUGACGUCAUGAUGAGGUUUCGUGAUCUGGACAGCCAAGUUACCCAAGUGCUGGAGAGAACUCUCAAAAUAAAACAAUUCUAGUUUC